AUGAACAAAGUAUGCCAUCAGUUCGCUGUUCCACUGUUUUAUCGAGAUCUAGUCUUACAUGCCUGGGAUACCACUGGAUGUCUCGAAAAAUUUCUCGAAGAUAUUAAACAGCUAAGAAAAGGUGGCCUGGGUGAAAAGUACACGAUCCAUGCCCGAAAUGUCAAGAUUUGGGAUUCUUCACCUUCUUUAUUUGUCGUACAUAACAGCUAUGAAGAGCUACCAUCAGACAAUCGGAAAGUUAUUCGCUACAGAAAGGAGUGGGUUGAAGAAUUUGAAAAUAUUCCUAUGCCUAAAGACCCUGAUAGCAGGGAAGCGCAACCUCUCGCGGUCUGGGAAACCCUGGCUGCCGCGCUGAAAAGUUUCAAGAAACUUUAUAAUCUCAUCUGGGUUUGUCAGAAGAAAUUCCCACCUUGUUUGUUAGAUGCCAUCCAUACAAAACAUACGGAUUGUCUACUACACCUACGAACCUUCCUACCUCGCCAGGUUUCCAAGAAAGGCAUCGAGCAUCCAUAUGAUUUAGAUUUGAUUAAAUCGCCAAAUUUACAUAGCAUCACGUUCAAACUUCCUCGAACGAACCACCGGAAUACCCCCGAAGAACUAAAACGCGUAUUCGACUGGCACGAGAUUGCUGCGCUUCAGCUCGUUGCUACAGCCCCGAACGUCAAGCAUGUCAACAUCGUUACAGGUUUCGAAAAAUCUAGUGGUGUUUUAUACCCGAACUAUAUAUCCAAGCUAGGACGUGGACGGGAGAAUUUGUGGGAAAGUAAAAAGAAGACUUCUCUUACAUCACUAAUUUUUAAUCGAUGGCGGCUCAUGCAAUUGGACGAUAUUAAAGAAUGGCUGACGUGUAUUAAGCUAUCUGACAUUCGUCAUUUGGUGCUUGGACAUGUUUCGGAUCCCCAGGUUCUAUCUUCUCUAGCCGAAAAGGCUGGCCAUUUGCCUCUCGAGACAUUUGGUAUAACUCUAGUCCAGACUACCAAUCAACUAUCCUUGAUCCACGAAUUGGCACGUCUGGUCCAUGAGUUACGGUAUUUGAAGGACCUUCGUUUGGCAGGAUACCAUCUGGGUACUUCUCUAUUCGACGAAGUUAUCGAAUGGCAUGGUCCGAAUUUGCGCAGACUCACACUGUCUCCACUCUCUAAGUCUGAACUCAUCAGCUCACGUGAAAUCAUGAAAAUUGAGCGUCACUGCCAUCAGCUUCACUUUCUGAAGAUGACUAUCGAAAAACCUGCGGCUAACACAGAGCUCUCUGGCGUUUGUCCGAACCUCGACGCUUUGCAGGAACUUUCACUACAAAUAAGUGGUAUUGCAGAAGAUGGCUUACCGGGAAAGAUAGAGGACACGAUACGCCAGCAAAAACGCACUCGUCUACACUAUCUUAAAAUUUGGGACGACGUGGUAAGUGACCGAUAUUAUACUCGAUUAGUGUUGCGGUUCCUCUACAAUCCGAUAUUGACCUCUCAUUUACAGAAGAUGUUCUAUUUCAACAGCAAUCGUCCGACUCACUCAAGUGAUAAUUCCUCAAAACCUUGGAGUAAUGGUUCAAGUCUGCCUUCAAUUGAAGGGAAUCGUAAUCCAAUUUUUAUUUUCAACGAAGGAGCUCCCCCCUCAUGGAUGAUUGAGACCGAACUCACGGAGGUGUUCCAAGGUCUUCCCACGGCAAAGUUUCGUGAAGGAGAACCUAUAUACCCUUGGAAGGACCACAAGAAAUGCCUUUGA